AGGCAGGCCUCUUCUAGAGGCUCUGAAGGGAGGGACGAGGGGAGACAGGGAGGGUCAGCCCCAAGGGGCGAGGUGGGGCCUCUGGGCCUCUGGGAAGCAGGAAGUGACGAUCGCCCGGAAUCCCCCCUCCUCCUCUAGUUUCAAAGAUGUUCCUACCUUGGAACCUUAGCCUGUCUUUUAACUUUCUCAGCUCCGUGCCUCAAGCCUAGGUAAUUAUGAAGUGGUGGCAAGGGACAGCGGAGAAAUGGGGGCCCGAGUGGGUUGGGCCCAGAUGUGGAGGGGCCUGGCUUCUGCACAGGAAGGGGAGGGCGGGAGGUAGAUGCCAUCAAACCCCUCCCCGCAGGAUAGAGCUGGGAGCAUCUUGGGGCAGGACCCUGGCUGUCACUAAGGUCGAAUUCUCCCUUUUAAGAGUCCCUUCCGGGCAGACCACCUCCUACCUGUGCCUCCUUGAGCCCAAUUCCUGGAUCCCUGCCCAAAGCCGGGAGCCCUUCCCCUCCCCCCACAUCCUGGGACUUUGGAAUUGGGCUGAGCUGGCUGGGUUCAGAAAGGACUUGGGGCUAGAGAGGAGCCAAGCACCUGCGUGUGAAUUUCCUAUGGGAUACAAUGUAUCUCUGUGACUGCUCUGGUCUCUGACAGGGAUCAGCUGUGGCCUCCUUCCUCUUCCGGAUCUUCUUUCCUGCUAAAAUGUCCUGCAUGGAGGGGGUGUUCAGGGGGCCAGUACCGGGUGCAGUUUUACUGCGUCUUGUAAUAACCCAGCAGUCCUGCCUCCCAGCCUCUGAGCCCCAGACCCCCAAGCUCCUCCUCCCUGGCCUCUUCCCCCGCCCCUUGGCAGCCUCUGUUUCAGUCACCCCAAGCACGCUCUGUUCUGGUGUUGGGGUUAAAAUUAGGAGCUUGACAAAGAUAGGAGAGCAGUUUAACAAAGCUUUGUUUUAAUGGAGAAAAAAUAGGAAAGAAGGAAAGAGAUUCAAGGAUCUAUCUUAGAGCUGCCUAAAACCUACCCCAAACUUCUUUUUAUCAACCUAUAAACUACCUAAAAAUUGUCCUUUGAGAGAGUCUCACUAAUAGCUCUUCAGCCUCACUAGUCAGGCUGGACCUACACUCUUGGUCUCUCUAUUCUAACUCACUCCCUAAACAAGGGACAGCUGCCCACCCAAGCAUUCUCCUUCCAUGGGAUUCCCUAGCAACCAACCUUCCCCCAGCCUGAGCCAGCAGCAGCACCUGCUCUAGGAAAGUUUAGAGGGAGAGCCCUUCCCCUACCCCCACCAUGAAAAUUAAAUUUAACUCUCCCCUGUUUGUGAAGAUUAAAUUGUAACCUUUGCCCAUUUUUAGAUUUAAUCACUGAAAGUAUAAACACCCUACUUAAAAAUUGGGUAGGGAGAUCUGCCUAUUUUUAGAUUUAAUCAUCAAAGGUGUAAACUCCCCAUUUUACACAUUAAGUGGGAGGCCUGUGACCCACAUGUGAAAUAGUGGGUGACGAAUCAAAAUCAGCUGACUGCCCCUGGACAGACCUAAAAGCCAUAGUGUCAACUGUGAUUGGUACAUGUGAAAAUUAGGGGAAGUGCCACAAAAGAAAGUGCCUUUAAAGGGAGUGACAACUGACUGAGUGGAGUUCAACUUGGAACUUUCACUUGGAGUGGAACCUCCUGUGAGAGAGAGAGUUCUACUGGGAGUUCUACUAGGAGUUAUACUUGGAGUGGAGGCUGAUAAAGAAUCUGCCAACUGGACUGAUAUGUGGGAGCCUGGAGUGCCAGGGAUGGCCUUGGAGAAGGACAGACUGCCAGGCCAGGAGGUGAUGACGUUCAAGGAUGUGGCUGUGGACCUCACUUGGGAGGAGUGGCGCCUCUUGUCCCCUCCCCAGAAGGAGCUGUACAAGGAGGUGAUGCUGGAGAAUGCCCGGAAUCUGCUCUCUGUGGGGCUUCCAGCUCCCCCAGAAGAUGUGCUCACUUAUUUGGAGCAGAGGGAAGCUCUAUUGAUGCUGAAGCAAAAAGGCCUGAGGAGCUACUACCCAGAUGGAAAGAUCAGACCUAAAAUGAAAGUGAAUCCAACAGAGGUGAGCCUUCCUAUGGAAGAAAUGGAUUUACAAAGAUUGAGAAGUGAUGGUUCCAAUAACUUUGUUUUUGGAGAAUUCUCUGUUGUACCUCAAAAUUCAUCUCAUAAUGAACAUCAAAGAAUGCACACUGAGGAAAAAUCUAGUGAAAGUAAUCAGUGCAGUAAGACUUUUAUGCACAGGGCCAGUCUUCUUGGACAUCAGAACAACAACACUGGUGAGAGACCUUAUGAAUGCAAGCAAUGUGGAAAGACAUUCAGUAAGGGAUACCAUCUUACUGUACAUCAGAGAGUCCACACUGGAGAGAAACCUUAUGAAUGCAAGCACUGUGGAAAAACAUUCACAAAUAACUCCAGUCUUACCACACAUCAAAGAGUCCACACUGAGGAGAAAUCUUAUGAAUGCAAGCAGUGUGGAAAGAUAUUCAUUGAUAACACCAGUCUUGCUAUACAUCAGAGAGUCCACACUGAAGAGAAAAAUUAUAAAUGUAAUCAGUGUGGAAAGACUUUCAGACAGAGUUUCAAACUUACUGUACAUCAGAGAGUCCAUACUGGGGAGAAACCUUAUGAAUGCAAGCAGUGUGGAAAAACAUUCACAAAUAACACUAGUCUUGCUGUACAUCAGAGAGUCCACACUAAGGAGAAACUUUAUGAAUGCAAGCAGUGUGGAAAGGAAUUCACAUAUAAAUCCAGUCUUGCUAUACAUCAGCGAGUCCACACUGGGGAGAAACCUUAUGAAUGCAGUUAUUGUGGAAAGACAUUCAGACGGAGCUUUGAACGUGCUGUACAUCAGAGAGUUCACACUGGGGAGAAACCUUAUGAAUGCAAGCAGUGUGGAAAGAAAUUCAGACGGAGCUUUGAACGUGCUGUACAUCAUAGAAUCCACACUGGGGAGAAACCUUAUGAAUGCAAGCAGUGUGGAAAGAGGUUCAGACAGAGCUUUAAACUUACUGUACAUCAGAGAGUACAUACUGGAGAGAAACCUCAUGAAUGCAAGAAUUGUGGGAAAACAUUCACAGAUCACUCCACUCUUAUUGUACAUCAGAGGGGCCACACUGGGGAGAAACCUUAUGAAUGCAAACAGUGUGGAAAGACAUUCACAAAUAACUCCAGUCUUACUGUACAUCAGAGAGUCCACAGUGGGGAGAAACCUUAUGAAUGCAAUCAGUGUGGAAAGAUAUUCUCAAAUAACUCCAAUCUUGCUGUACAUCAUAGAGUUCACACUGAGGAGAAACCUUAUGAAUGCAAUCAGUGUGGAAAGACUUUCAGACAGAGCUUCAAACUUACUGUACACCAGAGAGUCCAUACUGGGGAGAAAGCUUAUGAAUGCAAGCAUUGUCGAAAAACAUUCAAAGAUAACUCCAGUUUUGCUGUACACCAGAGAGUCCACACUGGGGAGAAACUUUAUGAAUGCAAUAAGCGUGGAACGACAUUCACAAAUAAUUCCAGUCUUGCUGUACAUCAGAGAGUCCAUACUAAGGAGAAACCUUAUGAAUGCAGUCAGUGUGGAAAGACUUUCAGACAGAGGUUCAAACUUACUGUACACCAGAGAGUCCAUACUGGGGAGAAACCUUAUGAAUGCAAGCAGUGUAGGAAAACAUUCACAAAUAACUCCAGUCUUGUAGUACAUCAGAGAGUCCACACUGGGGUGAAACCAUAUAAAUGCAAGCAGUGUGAAAAGGCAUUCUCAAAUAACUCCAGUCUUAGUAUACAUAAGAGAGUCCACACUGGGGAGAAACCUUAUAAAUGCAAGCAGUGUGAAAAGACAUUCACAUAUAACUCCAGUUUUGUUGUACAUCAGAGAGUCCACACUAAGGAGAAACCUUAUGAAUGCAGUGAAUGUGGGAAGACUUUCAGACAGAGCUUCAAACUUACUGUACAUCAGAGAGUCCAUACUGGGGAGAGACCUUAUGAAUGCAAUCAGUGUGGAAAGACAUUCACAAAUAACACUAGUCUUGCUGUACAUCAGAGAGUCCACACAGGGGAGAAACCUUUUGAAUGUAAGGCAUGUGGAAAAACAUUCACAAGUAACUCCAGUCUUUUUGUACAUCAGAGAGUCCACACUGGGGAGAAAUCUUGUUAAUGCAAGCAUUGUGGAAAGGCUUUCACACAGAGCUUCAAACUUACUCUACAUCAGAGAGUCCAUACUGGGGAGAAACCUUGUUAAUGCAAGCGGUGUGGAAAGACAUUCACAAAUGAAUCCAGUCAUGCUGUAUGUCAGAGAGUCCACACUGAGGAGAAACCAUAUGAAUUCAAUCAGUGUGGAAAGACUUCCAGACAGAGCUUCAAACUCACUGUAUAUUGGAGUAUUCACACUGGGGAACAACCUCAUGAAUGCAGGCAAUGUAGAAAGGCAUUCAGUUAGAGGUCCCAUCUUGCUCAUCAUCAGAGAAUUCACUCUGGGGAGAAACCUUAAGAAUACAAGUGUUAUAAAGAAAUGAGCAGGAAGGCAUGCUGCAAAAGAAGAAGCAGAAGUUUCCAAAUUCUAGAGAUGUGGCAAUACUGCUUUUCUUCUAACAGUUAAGGAAGAGGUUGAGUUUGUCUAGCCUUGGGAUGAACCGGGUGAACUAGCUGUUCUCUCUCCCAUGGUUUUCCUUGUGAUCCAUCUUCCCAACUACCUAUUUUUGUGUAUCUUGUUGAUGCUGUCUGAGAAAUAUUCCUACAUAACUACUUCAGACACCUAAAGCCAUUUGUAAGUGAGACCUUCCCUUUAAGGCCUGUUUCUGCUUACCUUCCAACCUUACUACCUCUAUCACCAUUUAAGAGGGGAUUUGGGUUAGUGAAGUGCAUUUUAUCAAAGGAACUUGGAUUCAUAGUUGAGGUAACUGACAUUGCAGAUACCAUCUCUCUCUGAAGGUACCAACUAGAUUAGGUUGGAGGUUUAUUUAUGUUCUUUAGAUAGAUCAUCCCAAUUCUCUUCCCUUCCAUCCCUUAUCUUAAAUAAACCCUGUUUAAUAGCAUUUGGUAUCCUGUAAGCUUUAUCGUAUUGGUCUUCCCAAACCCUGUGUCCUUCUGGUACUGGUCCCAAAUAAUCAUUUCUUGACCUAUGAAAAUCCCAUUACUAUCAGGUAUCUUUCUAGAAACAAUUAUUUUAGUUCUAUAAAGUUAUUUCAUAAAUUGUGUGAAAAGAUGUUCACUUGCAGCCCCAGUCUUGCUAUUAUGUGAAGGAAGUUUACCCUACCCCCUUUCUGGGGCAGCUUACCAGGCAUGAGCCUGAACUUGACUCAGAGGUGAGGAUUAUAAGAUGGAAUUCAUUGAGUGAGGAUAGAAUGGCAGGCGGGAAAAGGCAACAAUAGAGUUAAAAUCAUGAGCAAGGGCAGGGUGAUGUCUUCUGCUCUGCUCCCCUGGACUGCCCCUCUGGCCAGCGCAGGCAAAAUAGAAAGUCACAGUUGGCUUCUGAGAUGCAAUUUGUGAGUUAAUGGGCAGAGAAAAGUUUUGAUAAACUGAGGCAAGAGCAGAUAUCCAAAGUCAUCGCUUUCAGUUUUGUUGCUGACUGGACUUCCCUGUGAGCAUGGCUAGAGCUAUGGCAUAGAGCACCCUAAUGGUGGUCACAGAAUAUCAAGCUAAUUGGAGCAAUGAAGCAAGUAUAUCUCUUAUUUUUCUAUCUUUCCCCCCUAUUCGCUUAGAAUAAAUAAAAUUAUUUCAGGGCCAGUCUCAUAAAUUUUUCUAUUUUAUUACUCAUCUCAGAAAUCACAGACAUUCACACUGACCUCUCAGCUUGCUCAAAAUCAGACAAUUUACUAUGUCAUAAGGUCUCCUAAGAUUAGGUCCAAAUGGGCAUGUGAUUUAGACCUAAAGCAUGAUCCCAUAAACAAGUUAAGGGAGCAUAGAAUAGUUUAACUUUCAGAUGAAUUAAUUGAUGAGGGAAGAAAUUAUGACUAAUAAAUAGAUAACAUAUAAGGUAUAUAAAAUAUGUAAUUUUGCUAUAUUAAAUUCAAAACUAUACAAAUAAAACUAAUACAAUCAAGAUUAAAAGUGAAAACAAAUUAUCAUUUGCUUUACAUGUCCAAUUUAAAAUUCUAACCCUGUUCUCUAAUGCCUUAAUUCAUCAAUUCAUGGCGUCUAGAUCUAAAGAGCAGUUAAUUUAGUAAGGGAAUAAUGUCUUUUCCCUAUAGAAAUAAUUUGUAAUUAGCAUCAUUUCCUAUAUAAGGUUUUCCCCAAAAUUCUUAUAAAACAAAAAUUAAAAUAUAACAAAUGAUAUUGUAGAUUUCAAAUAUGAAAUAAAAUUAUUGACAUUCCAAUGAUUUCUAUUCAGUUGAAUGCAUUUUCAAAAUAAUUAUCUUACAUAGGAAAUCACCGUGCAUCUAUCAGCUUGACACUGUGGACUGAUUGCAUUGAGAGGCCAGUGUAACAUAACUGAUACAAUUAUACUUACUUCUACAAUUUCUAAACCUAUCACAUAUUAAAUAUUAAGUCCAUUUUGCAUUAAGGUUUGUGCAACAUAUGUCGCUAAAAUUUAUCACACCAGUACAGAACUCCAAACUAAAUGUUUGUUGGGAGGGAGCCAGACUCACAAUAAAAGCUGGACCCUGCUGAAAUCAAGAACAGAGACCCUGAGCCUUAGGAGAUAGCCUUUUUUAUGACAAGAAAUCUCAUGACUGACAGAAAACACAGUCACAAUGAAGAAAAUAGAAUGGAUGCAAAGUCAUUCAUAUGGGUAUUUUCUUGAUGACACAAGUGUGAUUAAUCUGGUGAGUAAAAAAUAUCACUAUGGGUGUUAACUUUGCAGUAGGGUUUCACUGAUAAUUAUGGUGGAAUAGUAGAAGUCGACAAUUUUGGAUAAAUAAUAGGUGAAAGCGAGUAGCCCUCCACCUCCUGCAUGACUUGUCUUUUUUGACAAACAAGACCAUCCUUCCUCUUUUUGUCUGACCAUCUUGUUAUACACCCAAGGCAGGUGUGGUAGGGUAUGGAAUCUCCUGGGUUACAGGCUUAAGGUCAGGAUGUAAAUAAGAUUUGAUAGUUCCCCAAACUGUAACUAUCUUAGCUAAUGUUUAUAAUUCUUAUAAGGCAAAUUAUAUUAUUUGACUAUGAACUCAAAAUUAAUGAUUGUGUUAUAAAAAUAAUCAUACAGGCUAAUACUAUUAUAAUAAUAAAAGGGUAGGGAGUUUCACACUCACACAUACUAGAUCAAAUAUAAUUAUCCUAAUAGGAAAACAGGUGUGAUUUAAAGUACAUUAUGAUUUAUUUUAAAAGUUCCAUCAAAUCUAGAUUCAACCUUAUAAAUGGUACCCUACAGAAUCUUUUCUCAAGAGGCAUUUGCUGUCAGCACCUCAAAUGGUAGGGACCUCUACUUUCAGAUUAGUCUGCUGCUCAGGUUUAUGGAUGUCUACCUGUUCUGUAAGAGGGUCUGAGUCCUGGACAUGAAGGAGGGAAAGAGGCAGGUGUUGAAGAGUUGGGGAAAGUGGAGGCUCAGAGAUGAGCAUGGCUAGUGGCCCAGGUAAAAUUUCAGUUGUGGGGCAGAAUUGAAGGCCUGAGGAAGAACUGGAUCUAGGAUUCUCAGAAGGAAAGCUCUAAGAGUUUUAGGGACAAAGAGAAACUUCUCAGAAAGUGAGAUGCUACCUGAGAAGACUGAAUCCAAGAGGUCGAGGUGAGCAUUAGGGACAUAUUCCAAGCAGCGGAGACAACUAAGGGAAAGGGAGAGUUAUAAGAUGGAGGGUCUUGACCAAGAAUCAUUCAGGAGCCCAGUAUCACUGGGUCAGAGACAGAGUAGAGAAAAGUUCUUGUGGGAGAAACAUCCAAGUUUGUAGACAAAUCUCAGCCCAAGAAUGGGAGGCUCAGAUUCUAUUCAAUGUGUAAGAAGAAUUUUAUUUAAAGAAAUGUUAUAGUUUUAUAACAAGUGAUGGAAUAGUCUGGAGACUAAUCAGGUAGCUUCAGGGCUGAUGUUUAAGUCCAGAGGUCAGUAGAGUAGCCUCUUUGCAGCUGAUUGUAUAGAGUAGCAGCCACAACUGUAGAAUAGCAUCUUCCCAGCUCCAUGUAUUAGGACUGAAAUAUUUAUUAAGGCCAGGGAGCUUGUCAUCUCCCAUCCUAGAGAAAUCUUCACCUUUCUUGAAAAUCCUGAAAGGGGAGCAUGGCCAAAUUCAGGUGCAGCUGUAUUUAUGGUGUAAUGCCAUGGGAAAUAAGGAGUAUGUGCAAAUUUGGGAGAUUCCUCUAGAAUGCCACUUUGAGAGCUGAACCAGCGGUCUCUCAGAUUGUAAGGGUCCUCUGCCUAAUGUGGUCCAUUCGAAUAAUGGAGUGAGAGACAAUGUAUGCUCAAUUCCACGUGAGUAGGUAUCACAGUGUUCUGCCAUGGCAUGGAGGUACAUUUAUUAUUUAGUUUCAGUGAGUACAUACUUCUUUGGCACACAAUCAAUUUUCUACAUACACGUUUCCAUGAAACUUAAAAACAGACACAAAGUCUAAAGAGAUAGUCAAUGAAACAUUGUUGUUACAACAGAGAGGGAGAUAAAUGACAUGUGUAGGGUGAUUUGGAGGUUAGUCCUUCUUGACCUAAGAAGAAUCAUUGUUAUUUUUGGUCAGCUUUCACAAUCAAUCACAAUUACUUAGGAGAUGAGUAACAAAAUGUUUUGUAGCUAAGGGCAGAGUUAGAGGGCAGUUUAAUGACAGACCAGAAUUGGGAUUUUCCUCAAUUUACAAGUUCUAUUUUUCUUGUGUUACUUUAAAGGGCCUGGCAAUGUUGCCUGGUUUCUGUCUGCAGUGAAGUAUGUCUUGAAGGUGAUUGAUGUUCUUGGCUUGCCUGGCUUGUAAUGGGAGUGAAUGUAACUCUGUGGAGAGGGAAAGGAGCGGGGUAAUGGGUAGUGCUCUUUAGGUUUUCAUUCUGUGAAUGUAAUAUUUUAGGAUAAUAAUCCUGGGGGAUUAAGGUGGCAUAUAUGUUUAUUGUAAGUCUUUUCUCUUAUAUUAUUUCUUUUGUACUGGAAAGAGAACAACAAUCAUCCAUUAGUGAGGGAAGUUAAAGCGAGAGAAGUUACAGAGGGGGAUCAUUUUCUGUGACUUUGUAAGCCAGUGGGGAUUUGACGACUUCCAACAUCUCCUUUUUUGUUUAUUUUUUAAAAUGAAGUGACUUCAUCCUUCAUUUCAUUUUAGGCUUGAUGUAGGGUAGAAGCUAGUUAUGGAUGAUGACUGUUGGGGACUCCUUAAGCAAUGGCUGCAGUGGAAGUUGAUAGGGAUGUAAACUUAAGCAGUUUAAACUUUGGGAAAUCAAUUAUGGGGCAUAAAUGCCUAAAUAUUGUUCAACAACAAAUACAGUGAAGGGAUUAGGACAAUUGCUUAAAAUACAUCCUGAACGAGAAAUUCUAAGAGUCAUGGGAGAUAACAUACACAUCUGUAGGACCACUGAGAAAGUCAGAGUCAUUUGAAGGCAGCAGUGCAGUCAGGAAGUGAAAAUCCCUGCUUCUGCUUGGGCUGCAGUUGUCUUGAUUUGUUCCCAAAUUGGUAGUGCGCUCUGGGCUGUUGUCCUAACACAAUCUCUCUGUAUCUGCAUUCUCUUCAUUGCCUUCCUGCUAGGGUGUAUCCUGCAGCUUGUUUGUUGGGAUGGGAGUCAUGUUGAGAAUGUGUCUUAAAGGUCCCAACCUUUAACUUAAAAUUUUAGAUUAUAUAUCCCAGUAAAUAGCUAAAUUAUACUUUUGACAUUUAAUCGUAGGCCAAACAUAAUCUCAGAAAUGCAGGGGAAAGAAUCUUGUUUAGAAAUAUACAUGUACAGACUAAACAUCAGCUAUCAAUAAAGGCAAAGUACGAUAGAUACGGUUACUUUCUUCUCAAAGGACAAAGAUUUUCACCCAUAAUCAAUAAUACUCCAAUUUCAAUCAUUAUCAUAAUUUGGAAACAGGUUGCUUGCAUGUUCACAUAUUUACCUUAGAUAAGUGUAAGGUUCUUACUAACUUUUCUGCAUAGAGGUUUUAUUUAUGUACAUGUCACUAUAAUGGUGAAAAACUAUCCUAUCCUAUCUUCGGGUGUGUUUAAAUUUAGUAUAAACCUACUUAUGAUAGAAUUUUUUAGUGCUCUCUAAAAAUACUUUUUGCAGUAGAAAAAUGGAGGGGUAACAGGUAACUUGCUGUAACAGGUAAAGGGGUGUGUGUGAUGAGGCAGGUUUACUCAAAAAUUAAAUUAAAAUCUUUAAUAAUAGUGUUUUAAAAUCAUAGGAUUUUUGUUUUAAAAAAAUAUGUGGAUUCCCAUAUAUAAAGGUGGAUAAUGGGGUCCUUUUUCCAGUAACCAAUGAAUUUAUUUGUAAUCAAAAAACCUAUUUCUGGUUGUUAGUCAGUGUAUGUUUGUUUAACUCUGGGUGGUAGGAGAAAGAAAAGGAGGGGGAGCAAGGGAAUGAUUUCAUCAAGUUUAUAUCGGAGAAAUUCUAAACAAUCUCCUUUGAGGGGUCAAAACACUGAACUUCUCAAAAUGUGAUCUGAAAUUGACACCAUGGAUGCCCUAUAGCUCACACAGAAGCAUCCACAGGAAAGAUGGACAUGUAGAUGCACAAAGGUAAUCUAGAUAUUUUCUAAACACCUGAACCAUGAAUCUUUCAAUUCUGAUAUAUUCUCAUUAGUAUCUUAAACAGUUGAUCCAAUUAUUCAUAAGUUAUUGUAUUACUAACUUGGUUUAACUAACUUUAGCAUAUCAAUUGUUGUGAUUAAAGGGGAAAUCUAUUCUUUAACCUGAGCUUCUUUAGAAUUCUGAAUUUGUAGUUUGGACUUUUGCAGUUUGAUCACUUAGCCAAAUUGUACAGAUUUAACUAAAAGACCCUCUUUUGUUGUUGUUGUUGUUUCUAGUAAAGCUCAUAUUUUUACUUAAUAGUAAUAUAUAGAAAUUGUGGUAUUUGAGUAUACUCAAAUAGACUCUUGAAAUUCCUGUAAAUAUAUCUUAUUAUCAGAUCAAGAUCUAUUCUAGCUCUAUUUACUUCUUCAGGCUUUCAAAUUAUAUCUCUAAAAUUUGGAUAAAGUAACAGAACUUUUAUCUUGUAUAAAAUGUUUUCUUCUAUUGAUCCUUUAACAUAAAUGUAAAAUAAUUGCAAACACUUUUGUUAUCUUUCCUGUGUCUGAGAAAGGGGCUAAAUUUUGGAAAGUUUCCAAAGGUUUUUUUCUCAAUGCUUGACUGCCCUACUGGUUGUAGUCCCAGUAAAGGUAUUGGUGAGGGAGAGAGAAAAAAAAAUACUUUUUUCCCAAUCCUUUUUAACGUUUUAGUUACAUGUUUUUAGAGGCUUUAUGUUAAAUCACUCCCAGUAUAUUAAUUAAAAACUUAAUAAUUUCCAAAUUGACUUUGAUUAAGGUUCCCUAACAAUGUUUCCUUAAGAUUCCAGUUUUCCUUUCAAACUUCUGCUCCAAGCAGAAUAAAACCUUCAGUUUUUGUCACUAUUACUCUAUUAUAAAUAGCUUAAUAAUGAAUCUUAUUUGAUUUCUGGAUUGGUCAAAUUUCCUUUGUCAAUUGCACUAUACACAAUCUACAUAAAAUUAAUUUUCUGCACAGCACAAAGUUAUACAUUUAUUGUGUACAUCCAUUAUGACAUUAUAACAGAUUAUAUUUGAAUAGAUAAAAACAAUUUAUAAGUACAAUCAAGUACAACACUGAUUUAAAAUCUUGUGGUGAGUGGAUAAAAGACUGACUGAUCCCUCUCUUAGGGUUUUCAGCUUAGGUUGGCUCAUGCUGGCCUAGGCUGGUAUAGCCCUUUUGUAGUCGAGGCAUAGCCGUAAAGGCUGAAGACCUCUUCUUCUCCCCUCUUGGGCUGCAUAGUUAAGGUUGUGGGUUGAACUGUGUACAACCUGCCCAGCUGCGUGUUUAAGGUUGGAAUAGUCAGCAUGAGGGAGGUUUGAUAACGACUGUGAGAAACUUGUUUUUCUGCCCUUUUUUGGAAUCCUCUCGGUUCCUCCUGGUGCCUGGCAGGUAACGUCAUGAAUUCCUAUGAAGUUGCCCAAUUAUUGGUUCCUGCUGUUGCUGGGCUGUAAUAUCAUAACUUCCUGUGAUUUUAACCUAUAUAUGCUUUGUCUGAAUCCAAUAAACUUUGUUGCUAUGCAUUUCA